GACAUACCACCAGCGAGCUCUAUUCCUGCGCUAGCGGAACGCCGUGGCUUGCGAGCCUUCGUUGAGCCUCACUGGUCGCUAUGGGCGAGACCCGUCUGCGUCUGCGUCUGGGUGUGCUCGAGAUCGCCGUGGUGGGGACUGAGCGGGUCCCCGAUGGGUUGGGUGUGUGCCGUCAUGCACACUAGUACUGGUGCGCAGGGACCGACGUGCUUGGCGGGGGAGUCGGUGUCGCAGGUGUGCUGUACCCGGCCACCCUCUAGCACAGCGGCGUCGCGCCCUCGCCCGAUGCAUCCCCCCGAGAGCAAGUCACCGACCCCGAAAAUCUCGGAAAGCACAGGUCGAUCGCAUCUGCUCAUGAUUGGCGGGCCUCGCGGGCCAGACCGUCCAUUUAGCGGGUCCAUGAACGAGAGCCCGGGAAGCGUCGACGGUGCGGGGUGCGAGCCAAUCCCGACCCGUCGUCUGUCCGCCAAUCACCGCUGGCCCCCGCCGCUCCAGCGUGCGUACGGGUCCUUGGACGAGCUUGAAAGCGCGCCCGCUCUCGCUGCACCACGCAAGCUUGCCGCCGUAUCUCCUCUCCCUCCGAGUCUGUCGGGAGCAACGCUGCGGUGCGAUGCGGAGGACGCAGGCGUGGGCUUUUGCCAUCUCUCGCCGGUGUGGGGGGGACACUCUGUGUGGUUCAAGGUACGUUGCAGCCUGCCGGUUGCUCGCCUCGACACGUCCGACCAGCGGCACACCCAACAAGUCUCGCGACGCACCCCGAGAAUCCCGGACUCUCCGCCGCCACACCAUCGACGUCGCUCGAUCGCGUCCGCCCCGUCGUCGAUCUCAUCGUCAGCCGUGCAUGUGAUUGGCGGGCCUGGCAGCUUCGAAUGAAGCCUGACGGGCCCACGCUCCAGACCGUCCAUUAACGAGAACACCCCCCAGCGCGGAGCCAAUC